AUGCGGGUCGGGGGCUCGCGUACCCCAGGGGGGUGGUCAGAGGGCCUGAGCCUCCGCGAGAGGCCCCAGUGGGCGUGGAAGUGCCGCUUGGGCCAGAGACCGGGCCGAGAAAUGGGAAGUUCCGUCCAAGCACAAUUCGAUUAAGCCCCUGAUGGUGAGAUGAUAACAGUUGGGGCGUGGACGUAGCGCUUUGUAGCUUGCAAAGCGCUUUACGUGCAGCGUCUCGUGGUUAGCCUCCCUGCGAACUAGAGUUAUCCAUUGAUUAAGGAGCCUUAGAAAAUGGCAGAAGCAGUCUUCCAUGCCCCAAAAAGGAAAAGAAGAGUUUAUGAGACUUAUGAAUCACCAUUCCCCAUCCCUUUCUGUGAGGAGGUUACACUUCAAAGAGAUUUCAAUGUAUACCGUGCUGAAAUUAUCAACAAUAAUGUAAUUGUAAGGAAUGCAGAGGCUAUUAAACAGUUGUAUGGUAAAGGUUAUUUUGGAAAAGGCAUUCUCUCAAGAAGUCGACCAGACUUUAGUAUUUCAGAUCCUGCCCUGGUUGCUAAAUGGAAAGAUGCUAAGCUGGGCAUGCCUAUACUUACAUCAGAGAGGUACCAGCAUGGUGUAACAUGGGCUGCAAAUCUUAUGCAAAGAGAAGGGCAGGAGGAAAGUUCAGUUCACAGAAUUCUUGAGGAUUUUACAAAACCACUUGAAUUCCCUUUUGUGAAAAGAAAUGAAGAUCAGCACAAUGAUGAACUUAGCCAUAUGUUGCAUCCAGAAAUAGAAAAUGGAGAACAUAAAGCAAAACUUCUAGUCACAAAUGGAGAGUCUGUCAAACCGGAUGCGGAAGAUGAGAGCAAAAGCUCAAGCUCUGAAAACAUGGACUGGAAGGAUUGUUCUGUAGGUGAUCCAUUAGUUAAACAUGGCUGUGAUGAACAAAAGGGAAGUGACGGUGAUGCUUCAGGUCAAACACACUAUCUCACACACGGAGAUUUCAUCACACUUGAUUGUCAGCCCAAAGAUUGUGUCCAACAGAAGCAUUUGGCGUUUGCCACAGAUGGGGAGUGUGAUCAUGAGUAUGUGCUUGUUCAAGAAACAACAGAUUGUUUAGCAGAUGAAGAGGCGGCAGCAGGUAACAGAGCAGUCAAAAGAGAAAAGCUAGUGUGCAGAAGAAAUCCAUAUAGGAUCUUUGAGUACUUACAACUCGGCCUAGAAGAGGCAUUUUUCUUGGUCUAUGCUUUGGGGUGUUUAAAUAUUUACUAUGAGGAGGAGCCUUUAACAAUAUUGAAACUCUGGGAAGCUUUCCAUCUAGUUCAGCCCACAUUCAGAGCGACCUAUAUGGCCUACCACUACUUCCGAAGUAAGGGAUGGGUGCCCAAAGUGGGGCUCAAGUAUGGAACAGACUUCUUGCUCUACCGAAAAGGCCCACCUUUUUACCAUGCAAGUUAUUCUGUCAUUAUUGAGUUGGUUAAUGACAGUUUUGAAGGAUCACUUCGUAGACCUUUCAGCUGGAAGUCCUUGGCCGGGUUAAACAGAAUUACAGCUAAUGUCUCCAAGGAGCUUAUGUUAUGCUACUUGAUUAGACCAUCUAACAUGACUGACAAGGAAAUGGAGUCACCAGAAUGCCUGAAAAGAAUUAAAGUUCAGGAAGUCAUCCUGAAUCGUUGGGUUUCUUCCCGUGAGCGAAGCGACCAAGAGGAAAUUUAACACACAAGCCCCAAAUCCAAAUUCUUGAUUCACUAAUAAGUAUUUACUGAACAACAAUUAUGUGCCCAGUCCUGGGCAAGGUAAAAAUAAUGUCAUGCUCAUUAAUUAAAAAGUAAAAGUACCUGCUCUUUUCUUGGUAAUAUUCCAACAUAAAGGUCAUGUUAGUAUCCUAAAAAUGUAAGCUUUAGAUGGAUGUAGGUAAAAAAGAAUCCUGGAUUCCUAAGAUCCAAAAAUCUAGGUGCUGGGUCUUGUCUCUACACGAAUUUGCUGACUUUGGGCAAGUCAUUUCCCCUCUCCAAACCUCGGAGACCUUCUCUAUCAAAUAGGAGACGCAUCCUCUCUGGAAAAGUCUGUAUUCUGUUAUCUUACUUGGAGCCACAGAAUGUCAGAACUUGAGGCUGCCUUGAAGAAGUUCUCCUGCAGACCUCUCAUUUUACAGAUGAGAAAACUGAGGCCCAGGUAAG